ACAAAGAAAAAAAAACUAAAAAUCGGUUAUUUUUCCAGAGAUGUCUUAGGAGAGAGGAGAGAGAGAGAGAGAAGGGAAUCGGUGUGUCUAUAAAAGCUAAACAAAGCCAAAACAUUUAAGAGGUAGGGAGAAGAGGAGGAAGAGAAAGAAAAGAGCUCCUCCUUCCUUGUUAUCCCCCUGCGGUGCGGUUAAUAAGACAGCCAAGGCGGAAACUGAAAAGGAGCUUUCUUUUGGUGCCAAUGGCUGAGUCAAACGGCUCCGUUUCCGUCGACGUUGGAACCAUCUAUCUUGGUGGCAAGGAGCAUCGUGUUAAAACAGCAUGUGGCGUUGUGUCCGUCAUUGUCUAUGGAGACCGAGAAAAGCCAGCAUUGAUUACUUAUCCCGAUCUGGCCCUUAACCAUAUGUCAUGCUUCCAAGGAUUGUUCUUUUGUCCUGAAGCAGCUUCCUUGCUUCUACAUAACUUCUGCAUCUAUCAUAUAAGUCCACCUGGCCAUGAGUUAGGAGCUGCUCCGAUUUUUCCUAAUGAUACAGUCCCUUCUGCUGACGAUUUGGCGGAUCAGAUCCUUGAAGUUCUCAACUUUUUCGGACUUGGUGCUGUUAUGUGUAUGGGAGUGACUGCAGGUGCUUACAUCCUCACAUUAUUCGCUAUGAAACAUAGAGAAAGGGUUGCCGGUUUGAUUCUCGUCUCACCGUUAUGCAAGGCGCCGUCUUGGUCUGAAUGGUUCUACAACAGAGUUGUCUCAAACUUGUUGUAUUUCUACGGAAUGUGUGGAGUGGUAAAAGAGUUUCUGCUUCAAAGAUAUUUUAGUAAGGAAGUGCGUGGUAACGUGGAGAUUCCAGAGUCAGAUAUAGCACAAGCUUGCAGAAGACUGCUUGAUGAGAGGCAAAGUGUAAACGUCAUGCGGUUUCUUGAUGCCAUUGAUCGGAGACCUGACAUCUCAAGUGGAUUGAAGAAACUAAAAUGCAGGACACUUAUCUUUAUAGGAGAUCAAUCUCCAUUCUAUUCAGAAGCUGUUCACAUGGCAGCAAAUUUGGAUAGAGGAUACUGUGCUUUGGUUGAGGUUCAGGCUUGUGGUUCAAUGGUAACAGAGGAGCAACCACAUGCAAUGUUGGUUCCAAUGGAAUAUUUCUUGAUGGGUUAUGGAUUGUAUAGACCAUCUUGUUUUACAGGCAGCCCUAGAAGUCCUCUUAGCCCUUCCUGCAUUUCACCUGAGCUUCUCUCCCCUGAAAGCAUGGGAUUAAAGCUUAAGCCUAUCAAAACCCGAGUCUCGGCUUAAGUGUAUGCGUGUGCAACUUCUGAUUUCACUGGUCUAGUUUUGUAGAUAUAGAGCAAACACUAGGGAUAUUUGAGGAGAAAACAUCUAAACCCAUCCUUAUAUAACACAUUCUUUUGUAGUCAGCCAUGAUAAAGAAAAGUCACAAAUGUUGUUUCAUUAUUUCAUUUUCUUUAUCUCUGUAAAAUGUUCUGGUGUCGUGAUAUUGUAACAACUUUUUGUGAUGGGACACUUGCAGAUUGUGUAAUCCCUACUUCAAUAAUAAAAUUCAUAUUGCCUGUGAU